CCGCGGCGGCAGCCGGGAAUGCGGAGCGAUGGCCGCGGGCGGCAGCGCGGAGGAGAAGAGCUACCGCCGCUUCCUCGAGCUCUUCCUGGGCGAGCUCCGCGGGCCCUUCGUGGCCCCGCCGCCGCCGCCACCGCCACCCGCCGCCGCCGACGGGGCGCCCGACGGGGCGGCCGAGGACAAGGGCAAGGACGAGGAGCCCGAGGGCGAGCCCCAGCCGCCGGCCCUGCCCCCGCUGCCGCGGCCGCUGCCCGAGCACAUCACGGAGGAGGAGGUGGAGGGCGAGAGCCUGGACCUCUGCCUGCAGCAGCUCUACAAGUACAAUUGCCCUUCAUUUUUGGCAGCUGCUUUAGCCAGAGCAACAUCAGAUGAAGUCCUUCAGAGUGAUCUUUCGGUGCUCUACUUACCAAAGCAGGAGGACAAUGCGGACGGGAUCAUACAGAUCGAGACAGUGAAGCUAGCCCGCUUGGUUUUCAACAAACUCCAUGAGAUCUGCAGCAACUGGGUGAAAGACUUUCCACUUCAAAUUAAACCCCACCGGUACUAUGAGACAUCCAUCCACGCCAUCAAAAACAUGCGCAGGAAGAUGGAAGACAAGCACGUCUGCAUUCCGGACUUCAACAUGCUCUUCAACCUUGAGGAUCAAGAGGAGCAAGCUUAUUUCGCAGUAUUCGAUGGUCACGGGGGAGUGGAUGCCGCCAUUUAUGCCUCCAUCCACCUCCAUGUGAACUUGGUGCACCAGGAGAUGUUUCAGCAUGACCCCACAGAGGCGCUGUGCAAGGCGUUCCGGGUGACAGACGAGCGCUUUGUGCAAAAGGCAGCCCGAGAGAGCCUGCGGUGUGGGACCACGGGCGUGGUGACCUUCAUCCGGGGAAACAUGCUGCACGUGGCAUGGCUGGGCGACUCCCAGGUGAUGCUCGUGAGAAGGGGCCAAGCUGUGGAACUGAUGAAGCCUCAUAAACCAGAUCGAGAGGAUGAGAAGAAGCGCAUCGAGGCUCUGGGAGGCUGCGUGGUCUGGUUUGGAGCCUGGAGAGUCAACGGGAGUCUGUCAGUCUCCAGAGCUAUUGGAGACGCAGAGCACAAGCCAUAUAUCUGUGGGGACGCAGACUCUGCUUCCACUGUCCUGGAUGGGUCUGAAGACUACCUCAUUUUAGCCUGUGAUGGCUUCUAUGACACAGUGAAUCCUGAUGAGGCAGUGAAGGUGGUAGCCGAUCACCUCAAGGAGAAUAAUGGGGAUAGCAGCAUGGUGGCACACAAAUUAGUGGCAUCAGCUCGAGAUGCUGGCUCCAGUGACAACAUCACUGUCAUCGUAGUAUUUCUCAGGGACAUGAAUGCAGCAGUAAAUGCUAGUGAAGAAUCAGACUGGACAGAGAACUCAUUUCAAGGAGGGCAAGAAGACAGCGGAGAAGACAAGGAAAACCAUGGAGAUUGCAAACGGCCUUGGCCUCAGCACCAGUGCUCAGCACCAGCAGAUCUAGGGUAUGAUGGACGAGUGGAUUCCUUCACUGAUAGAACUAGCUUGAGCGUAGGGUCCAAAAUUAACCUGUUUGAUCAAGGCUACUUAGACCUGACAACCAUGGAAGCAAGCAAACCUCAGAGUGCCAAAUGUUUGCCACCAGUUCAAGUGUUCAGUCCUGGCAUACCAAAGAGCGUGAAUUUGGGUAAUGGUUCAACAGUGAAGACCGAAGCGCCAGAGAGUGCUGCUUUGUCAGUGCAUGGACAAAGCGAUCCCAGGUGCACUGCUCCUCCGAGCUUGGGCUCCGCAGGGCAGCUCGGUUACAGCACCGAGGGCUUCUCUCCCAUCUUCUCCCGCACGGAAGAGGAGCAGCCCAACUCCUUGGGCAGACGAGGUUCUGCUCUCUUUCGCUUCCACGUCUAUAAUGCCAAGUGGCGACGAGAAACCAGGCUCAGACCAAAGUUUCGCGCAUCUCCCUUUGCUCGUGAGCCUUCCCGUACAGAAGGAUUGGGUCUGUCCUUGCCUGUCCGAAGUGGUAGUAACAUUAGGAUGUUGGUAAGAAGCUCUCUGUGGUGGAGGAUGAAUAGUCAUAGAAGUUACAGUGAGAGUAUGCUGUUCAUGCUAAGACAGAGUAACUGUAUACCACAUUCAUACCUUCACUUGCACUGUAAAAUAUAACAAUCCUCCUUGUUACCCCCCCCUUCAGAUAUCUAGAUUAGACAUUCCCAGAAUUUAAAAAAAAAAGCAUCAUCAGAAAUCAAAAGGUGAGCAUUUCAGAUCGGUGUGUAUUACAGAACCUGCAAAAGCUCAGCUUAUAUGUACAUAGACCUAGGAAUUAAAAGAAAUAGUGUUUCCGUCUCAAUAAGAAUUGCUGGUGGUGCCACUCUAAGCAGUCACAGCUGCCCAGACACAUGCCCAUGUAGGUAUCUAUACUCGCAUUCACUACUGGAAGCUGGUUAGUUGGCUUAUCUGAACAGAUGCAGUUAGGAAACAGACUUGCAAACAAUGCAAAGGGAUAUAACAUUGAACCUGCCUGAGGUUUGUCUGUGGAGCAAUAUUUUCAGAAAGAUCCUCUUUUAGAACUGCCAAAUUUUGUAACGGGGGGAGGGGGGAGUUUCCAUAGAAGUCCAGGUUGUGGGGGUUUUUUCUUAUUUUGCUUUCAGUUUAUCUCAGACUAAUGUUAAGAGAAAUCUAUAGAAAAAACCCAUCCAUUUUGCAGGUAAAAGACUAAAAGCCAUACAGGGUUUUAACAGGUAAUUUAGGAAUGGAGAACUAAGCUCCUGCUGUGAGAUCUCCUCUCUGUUCUCAGACUCAGACCGAGGUACAUACUCCUAAUUUAGCUAUUUUUUCAUGUAACAUAAAAUGUGGAAUAUGAAAAACUGUUUUUGUAGUUAAAAAAAACAAACAAAAAAAGAUUUCUCUGGCUUGAGGUCCAGUAUUGGGGAUUUCACAACCUCCUGGUGCUUUUAGUGGCAUUUUUAUUAUUUUGUCAAUUUAGGAGACUACGUUGUCAACUGGUUUUAAUCCAACACGAUUGCAGUUAAUGCUUUGAGCCAACCUCUCUUCGCUAUCACUUCAUCUCAGGUGUUUAGAAGAAACCGAGGCUGUGGAGAUGAUGUCCACGUGAACAGUGCUGGCAUAAAUCAAUCAAACCACAGAACCACUUGUUAGGGACAAUAAGCACUUUGAUCCGGAUUCUGUUUUAGGUCCCAGACUGUAGGUGGCAAGGUAUUGAUUUAAAAUAAGCUGGUUGGUUUUAGGGAGGGCAAGACAGUGGCGGGAUUGUGGCACUGCUGCUGAAAUGUGGUAUCCCUCGCAGCUCGUGGGCAGGAGACUGCUGGAGUAACCCCUGGUGCGUAGCAGGGCUGUGGGUGCAGAAGGAUGAGGGCAAUUUGUUUCGCUGAGAUCGUAACACGCACUGACAAUCCAGAACUCUGCUCCAAGCAAACUUCAGUUCACGUAGAAAGGCGAGGAAGGUGGGUUGCCCUUUUCUGUCCUUUAUUGUAAUAAGCAGAGUAUUAAUUAAAAAAAUUUAAAAACCCUAACUGUAAUCAAACUGUUCCAGUGAGCUGUACUGGACAGCACAUUGGAAUAUCCCUCCUCUCACUAUUCUUUACUGCAGUACCAGUCAACAGGAAAAAAUAAUUGGGCAGAAAUAAGAAUAAGAUGUCAUUCUGCAUUUCAGCAACAUCCAAUACCUCACACCCUCCUACCAGUAACACUUUAAAAUCAGACUUACGGUUUAGAUCAAAUUUGCAAAAUAGUUGAAUUUUUGUCACAGGACUCUAAAUUAUUGGAGACCAUAAUACUUGAAUUCUCCCAAUCUCCACUUAUUCUUUGAGUCACUCCUUAAAGUGAUUUGAUGAAACAGCAAAAAGCUGUGAGUUAACAGGAGUUGAAAAAUGGUUUCUACAUUUUUUAAAAUCAUUUUGAGGCUUUUUUUUUUUUUUUAACCAUAACCAUAAUUAAGGGACUAUUUAUUGGCUGUUACAUUUGUCCUUUUAUGAAGCCUUAGCUGUUGUCAUCAACACUCUUUAGCUGUAUUCUAUGUUUCCAAUCAGAUUUAGUAAGGAAAGUUGAGAAACCACAAAACCAUGAAGUAUGCAAUUUUGGGGCAUCUCUCUGGUGCCUUCUCAUUGUUCAUGUUUUCACAGAAAGAUAGGUGGCACGUGGAAUCUCUCUUGUUUGAUAACUGUACUUCUACUGAAAGGUGAUGCAAGUGCCAUUUUUUUGAGUAAAUAUGAAUUCAGGAAGUUACGGAUGAUUGACCUUCUUCCCAACGUGCAGGAAUAGCUGAAAAGCACUGGACUUGAGUGCAAGUUGUCUUGGUAAGGGUGCAGCUCUUUAGGUGUGGAUCCAUAACAAUAGUUCUGCUUCUCAUACCGUUUCUCUCUAGGAAAACAAAAUUCCCAUUGUAGUUCCAGUGUGGUCAGGUACAAAAUAUUGUAUAAAUAGCAAGUGUUCAUUUCCUCACUAAAUACAUAUUUAUAGAGUAGAUAGGAACCAUUUGUAAGGUAAGUCCUUUAAAAUUCUCUAAUACAUAUUAAAAGUAGUGGUUAUUGGUCUGAUAUAUGCUGCUCUUGAUUCUACACUAGACAAAAAAGCAGUGCUUUGUGAAAUGCAGUGUUUUCUCUUAAUGCCACUGGUGAUAGGAAGUAGUUCUCUUCAGUUCAAAAUCCUGUGCCCUUAUUUGCUGCUUGCUAACGUAAGCAAUAAGUACCCCUCUAAUGGUAUCUAAGCGUUCUGUACCUUGUAUUUUUGAUCGUCUAACUGGUGACAAAUGUAAAAAAACAAACCAUAUUAGACAAAUUACAAAAGUAUCUAUAACUGUAUUUAUUAAUUGUUAAUUCUGAGAUUCAGUCUGUGACUUGUGUUUUGUACUUUUAUUGUGUAUCUCUUAGUGGUGGUGAAAUUUGUAUAACGAACCUUUCCAAUAAAGAGCUGAAGUAUCCCUUUUUCGAGUUAACACAAUCUGCAUCAGUUUCAGUUUACGUGUUAAACGUGUCCUGCAAAAAUAGGAGGGACGUAGUGAAAAAGUGUUUAGGGAGUUGUGUUGGUUUUGAGAAACGGACUUCAGGCAGUCUGUCUGAAGCCGUUCCAGACUCGCCAGUAAACUAGUCACUGUGAGUUUAAUGGGAUUCGUUUGAUCCCCACUCUAAGUUUCCUGUGUACGCUUUUUUCUUUAAAUGUGCAACUCUGAGGAACAUCUGCUGUUGCAGAGAGCAGUAUAGCACCAGACCAGGGAGCUGUUUAACCCAUUUUGAUUUGCACUAAAGGUGGGUGGAAACGCAUGUAAAUAUCUUUUCUUUACCUAGAAGUGCCAUCAAUUGUCCUUGCAAGUUAAAAUCAUUCAGUAUUUAGUUUUAGGCUGCAGUGUAACACUUGAGGACAAUGUGGAAGCAGAUUUUAACUUAUACCACAUUUAUAGUGGUACACUGUCAUAGAAACUCCACUCAGUUUUGGGAACUGUGUGCGUCAGUGAGAAACGUGCUGUCCUGCGGGCAGAUAUGCGUGAGGCGCAAGUUCAGUGUUUACAGACAGGACCGUAGUCCACGUCCACUCUUCUACCACUAAGCACUCCCGAAAUGAGAAAGAUUGAUCUAAAUUAGUGGCCGAUUUGGCACCAUUUCUUCAUUUGACACGAUUCUCAUAGACAAAGCCAGUCAAGGGGAUACUCCAGCUUUGGUCAUGCCUAUAAUUUAGGGCAAUCUUUCUUUGGCUCAUAACUCCUUGCAACAGGAAGAAAGCUUCCCACCCUUGUAUCAUGUGCAAUAAUAGUCCAGUGUAAAUGCAACCUCUGACUUGGAUGCUCCGUCCUUUACUAGUCAUUGUUAAUGAGGCACUAGCAUUGUAGCUGCCAGCAUUAUGGUGAAGCAUUAGAGGAAAAAAAAUCCCACCUAUUCAAGGUUAGUCCAAUAACUGUAACUGCAUUUUGCUUGUUUUGUUAACAGCUUCCUCUACUGUCCAAUUAGAUGCACUCAAAACAAGAAUAGGGCAAGUUGGCCGAAGUUCACCCUGAGCACUUUUACUUGCAAGAGUAACUUGUCUACAUAGGCAGAUCUGGUUCUGGAGCGCCAGGUGUGUUGUCAGCUCUCGCACCGGGCGCUCCUGUUGAUAUGCGUGUCCUCUUGUUCACAAAACUUCUGAUAUGUUCUUUCCCAAGUCGAUCAGUUUAAGCUCUAACCGUUUAACAGUGUUGGGACCUCUCCAUUUGCAACCGUGUUCUGCAGCUCACAUGCGAGUUCAGUUAUAACCAUGUAUUAGCCAUACAGAUUUUAUUUAUUAAUUCAAGCUGUUUAUACAGACAAGGAUUAUGUUGAAAUUUUACCAGUAUCUUAAUAAAACAGUCAUUUAAAACUCA